GUGAAAACGUUAGAUCUUCACAGACCGGUAUGAAAAGAAGCAUGUCCACAGGAGCCGUUGUACGAAACUGUUUCAACCGAAACACCAGGGCACUAUCCCUCUCUGUCUCUGUCUCUCUCUCUCUCUCUCUCCCCCAUCGUACAAGAGCGCAAAAUUCCCCGACGGUUGUGCUCGUGAAUGAGAAUUGUUUCGAGGAGAGAAAAAACGUGUUGGAAGUAAUCAAUCGAUGGUAUGAUUUGAUUCGUCAUCGCAUUCUGAAUAAUCGUCUCAUGCGCAUUAUUCACCUGCAAGCAAGCAAGCAAGCAAGCGCUCACGCCCAUUCAUUCUUGCCCUUCCUCGAUAAUAAUAAAUCGGUGCUUGAAUCAGAAUCGAAAUUAUAAUCUCCAGACUUUUUAUGCUCCUGCUUCCUCAUCUUACAUUGCUCUCUCGACGUCCAAAUCCCAAUUUUACUCGCAUCAAUAUCAUUUCACAUAAUAUCACUUCACAUAAUAAUUUCAUAUCUAUCACCAUCACCAUCACCAUUGACCGCUGCCAACCUACCUACCUACCCCUAGCAGCAUCUACCUACCCGCGAAAAGCCCCAGCACCACCCACCACUUUCCCUCCAAACCCAAAAGGAAAGAGAACCAAUUGCAGCGCGCGGAAGAAGAUCAAACCCCAGCAAAACCGCUCCUCCUCCAAAAAGUCUAGUCUCUGCCAAUCCGCACGAAAUCGUCCAAGCCACCCCUGGCUGGCUCUUGAGUUCAUCUUAAUUAUUUUCGUUCGUGGCUACCUACCUAGCUAGGUACAGUGUAGUGUGGAAAGGAACGAGAGAAAGGAAAGAAAGAAAGAUAGAUUUCUUUCAUGCUCCACGUACUGCGUCUUCAUAUCAUUAAAGAAAUAUUAACACGCUAGCACCGCGAUUGGGAAAUCUCAAAGUUUCUAUUAUCGUAUCCCGUUCACUCUUUCUGGUGGCUGAAUGACGAGUUCGAGGAAAGAUCGCUAAAGGGAAUCUCUUGCCGAUAGAGGAGAGAAGAAGAGAAGAAGAGAAGUCUGAUAUCUCAAUAUAACCUCAAAGAAAUCCGUCGACACCAUCUUUCUGCGCGCCGUGUACGGAAAUUACCCUGGGUUAUUUAAUAUCAAUCCAAUUCCCCCUUCAAUUUUUUAAACUUCAUUCACCAGAAUAUUCUCUCCAUUUCACUCGCUCAUUUAUUCAUUCAUUACCCUUUUGGGUUAUUUUGAUUAGAAAAUAUCCUUGUUAAACAUCAUCAUCCAAUCCUUCUACUUUCCACAAGAAACCCUGGACCAAAGCACUUUCAAAAGUACCCACUAAAUCUUAUUGGCAUCGCUCCACAGUAAACCAACCCCAGUCUCACCCAUCCGUCAAACUUUACUCCGUUGAAAUAAAACCACCUUCUUUUCCGCCAAUCUGGAUAUUGUCCUUUUUACCCACCACCACAACUUUUACAUUCCUUACAACCAGUCUCUCGAGACACUUACACUCCUUCGAGCAGCUUGAAAUUCUUCGAAAGAAUAUAUCCUCACGAGUACAGCAGUGCUGCCAAUCUUUAACGCCAAUUUCAUAACGAAACUCCCGGUCCAAGUACACUCACUCACUUUCUCGAAGAAAGCAACGAAAUUCCAAAAGUCAUCUCAACACAAGGAAAUUUAAAACCCGCAUUACCAUCAACAUCAAUCAAAAUGCGUUCCUCAAUCGCUCUCGCUUCCGUCUGCGCUGCCUUUGCAGCUGCUUCCCCACUCGUCAAGAAGGGUCUUGAGAUCGGCGCUGCCGUUCAAGUCGUCGAGACACAAGUUGAUAUCGUUACAAACGUGGUCAUGGUCACCGUUACUGGAGAGGCCGUCACCGUUACCGCUGGAGCCGAACCUACCCCCGCUCCCGUUAUCGUGACUGUCUCUGCCCCAGCUCAAUCUAGACCUCACAGACACUCUCACUCUCAAGCCGCCCCUGCCCCGGCACCAACCACAACUUCCCAAUCUGUCGCCGUCGUUGUCGUUACUGAAACCCAAGCUCCAGCUACCUAUGCUGCCGCUCCAGCCACCACUGAAGCUGCCGCCGCCCCUGUUGCUACCACUGAAGCUGCUGCCGCUAAGGUUGUUGCUGUCACUACAAGUUCCGCCGCCCCCGUUGAAGCUACUACUGCUGCUGUUGCCUCUGCCACCGAUGCUCUCAGCCCAACUUGUGUCGCUGCACACAACGAUGCUCGUGCUAGUCAUCAAGCUAGCGCCAUGACCUGGAAUCAAACUCUUGCUGACUACGCCGCUCAAGAGGGUAGUUGCACCACAUUUGCCCAUGACUUGACCGCUGGUGGUGGUGGAUACGGACAAAACAUCGCUGUUUCCGGAAACUCUGACUCAGGUGCUUUUACUACCGAAGCUGCCCUCGCUGAUCACAUCAAGCAAUGGUAUGAGGAGGAAUCUCUCUUCGGAUCCUUGUACGGUGUCGCCAGCCCAUCUGAGGCUGUUGGUGACUUCUUGCAUUUCACUCAAAUCGUCUGGCAAGGAUCCCACCAAGUUGGAUGUGCCGUCAAGACUUGCGGAACCGACAACUCCAUCUACCCAGGCAUGUACAUCUGGUACAGCGUCUGCAACUACUACCCAGCAGGAAAUGUUAUCGGUGAAUUCGCCACCAACGUUCUCUCUUAAAUGAUAUCAUGCCCAUUUGCACAUAAAGGAGUUCUUGGCGUUUAAGCUCUGGAGCUUAACUAACCUUUCAUGUAUGAACUUCUAUUGAGAGGGGGGUAUUGUUGCCUAGCUCUGGACCGCAACUCCUUACCUUCUAUACGCAUCUAAUGACAUCAUAUUAAAAAUGGACGGAAAUGGAUGAAUCUCGCGUCUUCCCUGGGUGUUUGACGACCUUCUUGACUUUAUGCGUUGCGCCUUUUAGAUACCCCUUGAUAGACCUGGGUUCCUAAUUGCUUUAAGUUAUUUCGCACGUAUUAGCAUUCUUCUGCUCAUUAUUCAGUUCUUGUACAUAGUUGAACUUAAACAGGUCCUUGAGAUCCUUUUUCCAAAACUUCAUUGGUUCCUGAUUGCAUCUGUGCUUGUGAUUUGAUGGUGAUUUAGCAUUCCUUGCCUUCCUUGGAGACCUGCCAGAGUGUAAGAUGAUUCAUCGAUUACCUUCAGGUCAAUGAAGAAUCUCGUUAACCCUCACCCGCGUUCUUGGGCGUUGAUCCGAUCUAGUUCAAACGGAUCUACAACGAUGUGACGAUAGAUGCAUGGUUGAAGUGAGGUGUGAUUGAGAUAUGUGCGGGAUGAAUAAAGCUUGGCAAAAAUGAGUCA